ACGAGCGCACUGGGCCCCGCCCACCACAGCCAGCUCCUAUUCCUCCUCCUGUCAUUUCUGCCAACAGCAAACCACAGCCCACAGCUAGCGUAUGUAGCUAACAAGUUUGUGUGUGAGUGUGUUUCUUCCUGGCUGUCAUGGCAGCAGUUGGAUCCCCAGGGCCAAAGGUCCCUGAAUGUGUGACCAAAGUGGCACUGAGCAUUUCCUGUGAGAAUCUGCUCGACAUGGAUACAUUCUCAAAGUCUGACCCUCUGUGUGUGCUCCUCAUGAACUCCUCAGGGCCUCACUGGUGUGAGAUUGGCCGGACAGAGAGAAUCAUGAACAGCUUAAAUCCAAAGUUUUCCAAGAGUUUUGUCGUCGACUACUACUUUGAGAUGGUGCAGAAGCUGAGGUUUGAAAUUUACGACAUUGACAGCGAAAACUGCAGUCUGCAAGAUGCAGACUUCCUGGGAGAACUGGAGUGCACCUUGGGACAGGUUGUAUCCUCAAGAAAUCUAACAAGACCACUUGUCCAUAAGGACAAGAGACCUGCAGGGAAAGGGACCAUCACUAUAUGUGCUGAAGAACGAACAGACAACAGGGUGGUGGAUUUUGAAGCUGCAGGUAGAAAACUGGAUAAAAAGGAUUUCUUUGGCAAAUCCGACCCUUUCCUAGAAUUCCACAAACAGACAGAAACUGGAUGGCAGCUCGCUCACAGGACAGAGGUGGUGAAAAACACCCUGAACCCAACAUGGAGACCCUUCCGCAUCCCGCUUCCGGCCCUCUGUGGAGGCGAUGUGGAGAGACCUAUAAAGGUGGAUUGUUAUGACUACAACAGCAACGGAUCUCAUGACUUUAUUGGAUGUUUUGAGACAACACUGGCCCAAAUACAGCAGGGAUCACAAACAUAUGCGGCCGAGUUUGAAUGCAUCAACAGUAAGAAGAAACAGAAGAAGAAAGGAUACAAAAACUCUGGUGUUAUCGUUGUUAAAAAAUGCAAGAUAGUGAAGGAGUAUACCUUUCUGGAUUACAUAAUGGGCGGCUGUCAGAUUAACUUCACUAUUGCGAUUGACUUCACAGGCUCCAACGGGGAUCCCAGCUCCCCUCAGUCCCUCCAUUACAUCAACCCUCAGGGCUAUAAUGAGUACCUGGCAGCUAUCUGGGCAGUGGGUAAUGUCAUCCAGGACUAUGACAGUGACAAGAUGUUCCCAGCUUUCGGAUUUGGAGCCCAGCUUCCUCCUACGUGGCAGGUCAGCCACGAGUUUCCCAUUAACUUCAACCCAGAAAACCCAUUCUGUGCAGGCAUAGAAGGUGUGGUCAAAGCCUACCAGUAUUGCCUCCCCCAGGUGAAGCUUUACGGUCCCACAAACUUUUCCCCCAUCAUCAACCAUGUGGCCCAGUUUGGCAAGCAGGCCAUGCAGCAAGAAACUGCCUCUCAAUACUUUGUGCUGCUGAUCAUCACUGACGGAGUGAUCACAGACAUGGACCAGACUCUCAGAGCCGUCGUCAACGCCUCUCGUCUGCCCAUGUCCAUCAUCAUCGUCGGAGUAGGUGGGGCGGACUUCAGUGCCAUGGAGUUCCUCGAUGGAGACGAUGGAGUUUUACGCUGUCCUACAGGCGAGACUGCCAUGCGGGACAUCGUGCAGUUUGUGCCAUUCAGACAGUUCCAAAAUGCAGGCACUGCAGCCCUUUCCCAAAGUGUACUGGCAGAGUUGCCUGACCAAGUGGCCUCCUUCUUCAAUAAAUUUGACCUGAAGCCCCCCAGCGAGCCCACUCCCUCGUAGAAACGCUCCUCAGGAAAUGCUGGCUCAGAGCGUCUUGGCAGAAGUCCCGGGUCAGGUGGUGAGCUUCUUCAACAGCGUGAGAUUGAGACCACCUCAAGGAGACACACCUCUCCCUGACCCCGCAGCAUCAGCACCCCCCCCGUGAUGUAUUCUCAAUAUACUACAUGAGCAUGCACCAUCAAGUCUGGGACUCAUGGUAUGAUUUGUAAAUACUUGUAUGCACUAAUAAUAUAAAGCCAUUAUACACUGAUACGGUAUACCAUUUCUUAAAUGUUUUUUAACAUGUACUUAACACAGAUUUAUUGUUAAUGUAACAUAAGACUUAAUGUGACACAAGUGCCAGGAUUUUUAAGAUUUAAAGUCAUUUUUUAUUUGGUUGUUCUGCAUCAUCGUUAAGGCAUUCAUUGAAACUAGUGUGACUUGACUGAAGGUCUUUGUUUUUUGUGUAAUAACCAAGUUAGCUUUUACCAGUUAUCUCAUUAGUCCACAUAAAAUGUAGAACAUCUACAUGAAAGGGCUGGAGUAAUUCAUGUGUUCUCCAUGUUUCUGCUAAUAUUUCCUUCAUAUUUUCUAUUUUUUUUACAAUGACCACUUUCAUGUUUCCCUGGAAAAUAAGGCAUAUUUCAAUUGAAAUCACCAAUCUUGGACAAAGCCGUACUAUUAACACAAUGCAACAAUGUUUACAUGAUUGAUCCAUAUAUAAUGGACUAAUGCGUUUGCCUAAACAGACACCUUUUGUAGACUUUAUACUACAAAAACCUGUCCUUGCUACUGUUUUGUUCUUCAUGCGGUUUCUUUUUUUACAUAAUAUUAGGUGAUGUGAAUGUUAAUCAAGAAGAAUCCCAAUGAGUGAUUCAAUCAUUAGAAAAAGCUUAAUUUGGUAAAUGCAUGUUCACACUGAUUUACACCAGAAGUUCACCAUGUCUUAACUUAAAUGACUGUUAUAAAUAAGGCCUGAUUUCACUUAAUGUAUGUGUAUUUGAUACUGACUGAUAUUUAAUAUGUGUUACAUAUUUUACGAGUUUACUAUGAUUGUGUGUAAAUAUGAUUUGCAAAGCAUGAAACAAGAUCUAAUUCAAUUUAUAUAACAGAAAGCUAAACAAAAUACUUCAUGUAAAUUUGAAAAUUUGAACUUUUUUUUUGCUACUGCCUUCAUGUCAUGACAUAAAAUAAAUAUUGUAUUUUCA